AUGAAAAUAUUAUGCAGAAACUUUGGAAGAAAUGGAAAGAAGAAUAAAAAUCAGACCUCUCCUCUAGCUACUCCAUCAGCGCCAAUGACAAACUCCAUAUAUUCAAAUACAAAUGCUAGUACCUCUAGACAUUCGCUACGUAGGACAAACUCACCAUUGAAGAGGUCAUCCACGCCGUCAUCACAGCAGCAGCAGCAGCAACAACAGCAGCAGCAACAGCAGCAACNGCUACAGCAACAACAACAACAACAACAACAACAACAACAACAACAACAACAACAACAACAACAACAACAACAACAACAACAACAACAACAACAACAACAACAACAACAACAACAACAACAACAACAACAACAACAACAACAACAACAACAACAGCUACUACUACAGCAGCAACAGCAACAGCAACAGCAACAUCGCCUACAAUUACAACAGCAACAGCAACAGCAACAGCAACAGCAACAGCAACAUGUACUACCAGAACAUUCACAGGGGAGACAGAUUCAGCAGCAGCAACAUAAAUCAGCUGUAUCUCAACCUACAAUUGAUGAACAAGGUAAUAAAAAACUCAUGUUUUUAAGUGAGCCUUUUGUAAGGACUGCUUUAGUGAAAGGAUCGUUCAAGACUAUUGUUCAAUUGCCAAAAUACGUUGAUGUAGGUGACUGGGUUGCCUUAAACGUCUUCGAAUUUUUUACUAAUUUAAACCAAUUUUAUGGAGUUAUUGCGGAAUAUGUAACUCCAGAAGCUUAUCCGACUAUGAAUGCAGGCCCUCAUACCGAUUUCCUAUGGUUAGAUGCAAAUAAUAGACAAGUUUCCCUACCUGCAAGUCAAUAUAUUGAUUUAGCUUUAACUUGGAUUAAUAAUAAACUUAAUGAUAAAAAUCUAUUUCCAACAAGUAAUGAUGUACCAUUUCCACAGAAUUUCCAAAGAGAUGUCCAAAGGAUAAUGGUUCAGAUGUUCAGAAUAUUUGCACAUAUGUAUUAUCAUCAUUUUGAUAAAAUAAUACAUUUAUCCUUGGAAGCUCAUUGGAACUCUCUGUUUGCUCAUUUUAUUAGUUUCUCAAAAGAGUUUAAUAUUAUGGAUAGAAAAGAUAUGUAUCCACUUUUAUCAUUAAUCGAAGUCUUUGAAAGGCAAGACAAAAUCAUAUAA